UUCGGGCGCGUUAGGCGUCAUCACUGCUCGCCCGGUCAGCUGACGGAGCUCCUGGGACGAGUGUGUUUUGGUAACUGGCUUUAACGCUUAUUACCCAGCGGAUAUAAGCAGCAGUUUCAUGUGAUUUGUUCUCGGUAUUUAAGAUUCUGCUGAACACCAUGGCCUCUUCAUUUACACUUGGGCCAAAAUUUCAUGAGAAACUGAAGGACUUGUUGGAGGGAGAAUCCUCUCCCUCACCACAGCUGUUCGAACAGCUAGACGCUCUCAAAGACCAAUCAACAAUGUCAUUUAAAACUGCAAGGAAACUGCAGAAACUUCUUCAGGAAAAUGGGUAUCCGGUCUAUCUUCAUGAUCUACUGGAAGACAGCACGCUUUACCUGCCAAAGGUCGAGCUGCCUCCAAGAAACCCUGAGUUGGUCGCUCGUCUAGAGAAGAUUAAAGCAAAACUGGCCAAUGAAGAAUAUAUGAGAAUCACACGGAAUGUAAAUCCUCAGGAAAUGAACAAUCAUGGAACCCUAGCAGACUUUGGAAGAGAAGUGCGUUCUGUCAAAGCGGUUGUUAUUACUGUAUUCAACUUCCUCGUAACGGUGGUUGCUGCCUUCGCUUGUGCCUACAUGGGUAGCCAGUAUGUCUUCACAGAAACAGCAGCGAGAAUUAUUUCUGCAGUGAUUGCAGCCUCUGUAGUUGGUCUAGCAGAGCUUUAUGUCCUAGUUCGGACUAUGGAAGGUGACUUGGGAGACCCGUAACACCUGGCAACAAUUAAAGGACCUCUGCACUGGCCAGUGGAUCCUAUUCCAGCAACAUCAUCAGGGACGAUUUCCUUAAAACACAUCUGGUCAUUUUAAUUUAUGGACUGUUUUCAAUCAUAAUCUUGGACUUUGGGAUGUGUUUCUUCUUCAAAAUAAAAAUUAUUUUCCCACUACGUGGAUGGCUUAAAGAUGAAUUAUAAGUAUCGAUAGUGUAAAUACCUUUGUGAUUUGGUCAUUGUUAUAAUGUAUGCUUGAUUUAUGUGUUUACAUAUAGGCAUAAAAUAGUACACUUACUGUUACACUUGUUAAUGGUCCUAGAUCAUGAAGUGUGACUGUGUUGCCUGAUCUAAUGCGCAUCUAAAUGUCUGCUACUGGAUUCAGUACUGACCUGUCAUCAUUUCAUUGUUUAUUUCAGCAUCAGAAACCAACCCUUUUUUUGGUUCUAACAUCCAAAAAUGUCAGAUUAGUUUUGUUUAUUUGUUAGUGUGUCCCUUACAAAUGCAUUUUAAUCAUUUAUGUUUGUUUGAUGACAAAAGUAUGACAUUAAAGCAAGUUGUGCUCAUUGUUUAAUAUGAUUCAUGUAACCCCACAAAGAGUAAUGUACUUUCAUCCUGAAACAAGAAAAUGCACAACAAUAAACAAAGCUUUACUUCUCA